AUGCCAAUGCCAAUGCGCCUCCACCUCCACCACCUCCUCCUCCUCGCCGCCGCCGCCGCCGCGGUGGCGGGGGCUGCCGGUGUCGCGGCCACGGCCGACGCGGACGCGCUGCUGGCGGCGAAGGCGGCGCUGUCUGACCUGGCCGGCGCGCUGGCGUCCUGGACGAACGCCACCGGCCCCUGCGCGUGGUCCGGCGUGACGUGCAACGCGCGCGCCGCGGUCAUCGGGCUGGACCUCUCCGGCCGGAACCUCUCGGGCCCGGUCCCCGCCGCGCUGUCCCACCUCGCGCACCUCGCGCGCCUCGACCUCGCCGCGAACGCGCUCUCGGGCCCCAUCCCGGCGCCGCUGUCCAGGCUGCAGUCCCUCACCCACCUCAACCUCUCCAACAACGUGCUCAACGGCACCUUCCCGCCGCCGCUCGAGCGCCUGUGCGCGCUCCGGGUGCUCGACCUCUACAACAACAACCUCACCGGCCCGCUCCCGCUCGAGGUCGUCGCGUUGCCGAUGCUCCGCCACCUCCACCUCGGCGGCAACUUCUUCUCCGGCGAGAUCCCGCCCGAGUACGGCCGGUGGCGGAGGCUGCAGUACCUCGCCGUCUCCGGGAACGAGCUGUCGGGGAAGAUCCCUCCGGAGCUCGGCGGCCUCACCAGCCUCAGGGAGCUCUACAUUGGCUACUACAACAGCUACUCUGGCGGGAUUCCGCCGGAGCUCGGCAACAUGACGGAUCUCGUCCGCCUCGACGCCGCCAACUGCGGGCUCUCCGGCGAGAUUCCGCCGGAGCUCGGGAAUCUUGCCAACCUCGACACGCUCUUCCUGCAGGUGAACGGGCUCGCCGGCGCCAUUCCGUCGGAGCUGGGUCGGCUCAGGAGCCUCAGCUCGCUGGACCUGUCCAACAACGCGCUCACCGGCGAGAUUCCAGCGAGCUUCGCCGCGCUCAAGAACCUCACUUUGCUCAACCUCUUCCGCAACAAGCUCAGGGGCAGCAUCCCCGAGCUCGUCGGCGACCUGCCAAGCCUCGAGGUGCUGCAGCUCUGGGAGAACAACUUCACCGGCGGCAUCCCGCGCCGUCUCGGCCGCAACGGACUGCUCCAGCUGCUCUGCGCCGGGGGCAAGCUGGAGACGCUCAUCGCGCUCGGCAACUUCCUCUUCGGCUCAAUCCCGGAAUCACUGGGGAAAUGCGAGGCACUCUCCCGCAUCCGCCUCGGCGAGAACUACCUCAACGGCUCCAUCCCGGAGGGUCUCUUUGAACUGCCGAAUCUGACGCAGGUUGAGCUGCAGGACAACCUCCUGUCCGGCGGCUUCCCGGCGGUGACCGGCACCGGCGCGCCGAAUCUGGGGGCCAUCACUCUCUCCAAUAACCAGCUCACCGGCGCGCUGCCGGCGUCCAUUGGGAAUUUCUCAGGUUUGCAAAAAUUGCUUCUUGACCAGAAUGCAUUCUCCGGCGCAGUACCGCCAGAGAUUGGCCGGCUGCAGCAGUUGUCUAAGGCUGACCUGAGCGGCAAUGUGCUUGACGGCGGUGUGCCGCCGGAGAUUGGGAAAUGCCGGUUGCUCACCUACCUGGACCUCAGCCGGAACAACCUGUCCGGGGAGAUACCGCCGGCCAUCUCUGGCAUGCGAAUACUCAACUACCUGAACCUGUCCCGGAACCACCUUGAUGGAGAGAUACCGGCAACCAUUGCUGCAAUGCAGAGCCUCACGGCCGUCGACUUCUCAUACAACAACCUGUCUGGCCUCGUGCCGGCAACUGGGCAGUUCAGCUACUUCAAUGCGACGUCGUUCGUCGGCAACCCGGGGCUGUGUGGGCCGUACCUUGGACCAUGCCAUUCUGGUGGCGCCGGCACAGGCCAUGGUGCACACACCCAUGGUGGCAUGUCCAAUACCUUCAAGUUGCUCAUCGUCCUCGGCUUGCUUGUCUGCUCCAUUGCGUUUGCUGCCAUGGCAAUCUGGAAGGCCCGGUCACUGAAGAAGGCCAGCGAGGCGCAGUAUGCAUAUACCCUCAAGGUCGAUGAGAAGAGCGAUGUCUACAGCUUUGGUGUCGUUCUUCUUGAGCUGGUCACCGGAAAGAAGCCAGUAGGGGAGUUUGGGGACGGCGUCGACAUUGUCCAGUGGGUCAAGACGACGACGGAUGCAAACAAGGAGCAGGUGAUCAAGAUCAUGGACCCCAGGCUGUCAAUCGUGCCAGUGCACGAGGUGAUGCACGUCUUCUACAUCGCGCUACUCUGCGUCGAGGAGCAGAGCGUGCAGCGGCCUACGAUGCGGGAGGUGGUGCAGAUGCUCAGCGAGCUUCCGAAGCCAGCUGCAAGGCAAGGAGACGAACCUCCCAGCGGUGAUGAUGGUUCCGCCGCGCCAUCUGAUCCUCCAGCAGCAGAUGGAUCUGUCGAAGCGCCGCAUGACGAAGCCACCAAAGAGCAGCAGCAGCAACCGAGCUCGCAGUCUUCGCCGACUACUGAUCCCAUCAGCAUGUGA